UCCUCCUAAAAAAAACACACACACAACCUAGUCACACACCAGCAGCAGCAGUAGAUCCACUGUCCCAGGACCGAGGAACCAGAGAGCUGCCCCCCCUCAGCUCCACACACACACACACACAGUGGAUCUCUGCGUCACGGACCAGCGAGAUGAGUCAGGCGGGUCAGGCACCUGAGGACAUGCCUGCAUGCCUCGAGAAUGAGCCAGAUGCUACAGAGGGCAACAAGGACCACCCACAGGCACAGCCGGGCAUGUUUGGCAGGUUGGCGGGGGGCCUGUAUGGUGCCACCAGGGGAGCUAUAGGAGCAACGGUGGGCGGCGUGGCGUGGAUUGGAGGAAAGAGUCUGGACCUCACCAAGAGCGCCGUCUCCACUGCAGUGGCUGUGCCUGCCAGGGGAGUGGGGCUGGUUAAGGGCGGCGUGUGCGCUGUUGCUGGAGGAGUGUGUUCUGUCGGCUCCGCAGUGGUCAGCAGAGUUCCCCUAGGAGGAGGUAAAAAGAAGGACAAGUCUGACUGACGGGGAGAGGAGGAGGAGAGUGAGCCCACUCAGCCGAGUUGUGUGAGCACACACUGUUCGGAUUCAUUAGCAAGUAAACACCAAAAGAGGACAAAAACGUUCAGUGAACAUGUUUGGGUGAGGGGGUCUGUGCUUUGUUUUAUUUCUUUAGCUUCUGUUAUAAUGUGGCAUGGACCCGCAAAGCAAGAACUUACAAAGACUCUCCGACUGUUAAAGGAAAAUGCAUCAAACCAUUCUCACCAGUGGCUGAAACUGCUCGAAUGAGUUUAAUUUUUUAUAAAAAAGUCACGUCUGUGUUUUCCCUACAGUCACUUUUGCAGCAGGAGAACAGCUCAGGGUGUAAAUGCUACAUUUCACCUGCAAGACAAUCAAUGAUCAGUGAUGAUCUAAAACUGUCUGGAAAUGGAAAUAUUUCACUAUCAAAUACCAGACAUGUAUUCACCUUUGUUCACAAAUAAACAAAACAGUCUGAUGAAGAUGUGAUUUUAUACAACUACAGUCCAGUUUCAUAUCUACACUUAAUCACCUGAAUAUUUGAAAUACUUGUGGUGAUUAUAUUAUCAGCUCAGUGGAAGGCAACUUGUAUUUUUGUUUCAGAAUCUAACAUAUUACAAUAAAAUGUGUCGUAAUCUAAAAAUAAAAUAAAAAAUAAGAAUAUUUACAUUUUGGUGCGCUUUAUCUGCAGUCAAAGCAUUAAUUGAUUUACUGUGACUGUACCAGUAGAGUCCAAGUUCAUUGAAUCAUGUUUUACAUUCUGCUCUUCUUUUGACUGGUUGUUUUGACAGUUACUGCGACCUGUCGGUUUAUUUUGCUCUCAUAAAGUAUGUGUCCUUGAAAGAAAAUAAAAGCUGGAUAAUGGCA